GGGCUCCCCUCCGCCCACCCGCGCCAUGUCGGCGAGGGCCUUCGGGGUCCUGCUCUUCCUCCCCCUCCUCGCCGCCGCAGCCAGCGAGGGGGCCUGCCCGAAGCCGCCCGCCGCCGCCGCCAUCCUGCCCCGGGCGUCGGGCUCAUGCCCCGCGGCCGACUCGCCGGGGCUCUGGGUCCACCACGUGGGCGUCGUCGAGGGGGAUGAUGGCGUUCUGCAGAGGGCAGUGACUCUUGUGCUGCAGAACAGGGAAGAUUUUAUUGCUAUUCUUUUUCAUGCUUCGUGGUGCCCUUUCUCGAAGAUCUUCAGGACAGAUUUUCAAAAGCUAUCAUCCUUUUUUCCUAAAAUUGCUCACUUUUCUUUUGAAGAAUCACGUAUUAAACCAAGAAUGUUAUCAAGAUAUGGAGUCCGUGCCUUUCCUACACUUUUCCUUGUGAACUCUACAGUGCGUGUACGGUAUCAUGGAUCUCGGACCAUGAGUUCUCUUGUUAUGUUCUACAACGAUGUUACAGGUAUAAAUCCUGUAUCAGUGGAUGCAUUAUCCCUGAAGGGAAUGCAAGACACGGUACAUAUAGUUGAAAAUGAGAGUGAGAGUGAGAAUGAGAAAAAUACAGAGCUGGAGGAUUCUCUGUUCUUAUGGGCAAGAUCACCUGACAGAUUACUUCAUGAGGAUACAUGUCUGGCAUUUGCUAGCGCUUUUGUGAUCUUGCGGUUAUUCUUUUUUCUGCUUCCCAAGCUCAAUGCAUGUGUGAAGCAAGCCUGGAGGAUGCGAUUUCAUGAACUGAAGAGGUUAUUUCCUAGCUUAUCUUGAGGAAACCAAUGUGGAACGAAAAUUUUAACUGACUAGGCCAGGCAUCAUACACAGAAGGGAGUGGUACAGGCAGCAAACUGAAAUCAUUUUGGGUUGGAUUCCUGUUUUCUGCUCAAGGGUAAUCCAAAUUGAUUACCAAAACAGAUAAUUUGUAGCUCAGUGUAUCACUGGAUGUAAUGUGUAUUUCCACUCUUUGUUAUCGCUGCAUUUGUUGUUCA